UUUUAAAUGAAUAUUAUAAUUUUAUUUAAACGUGAUAAAAUUUACACAGUAGAAAUAAGUGUAAAAAUACACUUGAUUAUAAAAUAUGAGUGAUUCAAAUAAAUCUUACUGGUCAUUUGAAGAGGAACAUUGUUUACCUUACACCACUACUGUUACUAAUACUAUUAGUACUACAACAAGUGAUACAUUAACAAUAACUACUACUGCUACUACUGACAUAGAUCAUGUUAGUGGUACAACCGAUGUUUCAUCUGUACAUUUUCCAUUAGUUCCUAUGACUGUUCCAAUUAGUACUUCAGAUGUCAUUUAUCCAAUUCAUAGAUUAGAAAGUCAAUUUUUUGAAAGAACAAUAGAAAGAAGAGGAUUACAACAUUCAGAAGGAUUAUAUAUUGAAAGUACUCCAAUAUGUCAGGAAUUUAAGAAUAUAUUAUAUUUUCCUCAAAGUCAACGGCAAGUACCAUCGUAUACUAUGGAGAUAUCAACCGUUACAUUUGCAGGAUCUUCUCAGAAACCAACUCCAUAUAUUUCUAAAAUAGAUGAACAUGAAAAGACUCAAGGUUGUAUCACACCACCAUCUUCCAGCUAUGGUGAACCUAGUAUUUAUCACUUCACUACUAGUCAGAUUGAAGAGGAAUCUAGAUUAACACCAUCGUACACCUCGGUGAACACAGCAUCUGUAAACUAUGCGCGAAAACAUUCAAGGAGAUCAUUUGAUAUCGAAAGAGAAAAGUUCCCUUAUCAAAGCGGAAUACUUGAACAUCCAUCAAUAUGUCCGUACGAAUUCUUGAAACAAGAAUCACCCACGAGUACUGAUCCGACUACUUUCACUUCAAAAACCAUCUCACCUAUGGAGAGCAAGGGCAUAAAGUUGCCUGUACCUUUUAUAGAACCAGAGAUUUAUCCCAUAAAAACACAAAAAGAAUCACAUUCGCAAGAACAGAGUCAUACACAGUUCACCAUUUCACCGACACAAAAACCCCUUCUAAGACACUAUUCAGUUCCUGAAGGGCCGAUAUUUGAAAGGCCAGAUAUAUACCAUAUUUCACAUCCAAAAUCAGCCCCGUCUGAACAAGAUUAUAAUACACCAUACUCCAAAGAUUAUUUUGAUGUUUUUUCUAUUAGCCAAUCAUCUAGACCAUUAAGUACUGAAACGUUUACUAGUUACAUGGUAGAUUUUAGCGCAGCUCCAUCUCUUUCUACUGAACCAGGACCAUCAACAUUGAUGUACAAAACAUUUACCCCCUCCACGGCCACUGUACCUUCCAGUUCAACUAGAAAAAGUUCUGUUGGGGAAUCUUCGGAAAAACGACGAUAUUGUUGUCCUGAAUUACAAUGUGGAAAACGAUUUGCUCGCCCAGAUGAACUCAAACGGCAUCAUAGAAUACAUACUGGAACUAAACCUUUUAUGUGUAAGUACUGUCCACGUUCAUUUGGUCGUUCUGACCAUCUAAGAACACAUACGCGUUCUCAUACUGGUGAACGCCCAUAUACAUGUGAAUCUUGUGGACGUAAAUUCGCUCGAUCCGACGAACGUACAAGACAUAAAAAAGUUCACAGUUGUGGCCUAAUUAAGGAGAUUCACUCAGGUGAAAGCUCGUUUUCUAACAAAACAACACAGAUAUCAUGUCCACAAGAACAAAUAGACACAUAUUCACAUGAACAACUGUUAAGUACAUCAGUAAUUGAUACGUCAAUACAAAGUUCGUAUCUGAGCUCCGUUAUUUUUCAACCAUCUGUUUAUACACCGAUUCCAUGGCAAACAACUUCAAUUGAAUCUAAUCCCACAAUGCCACAAUUGCAUGAUAUUUCAAUGGGAACUUUAUCUCCUUCAUCAAGUUGUCAACCAACACCAAUAUUAGGUCUGCCAUAUUUGAACAUUACAUCAUCACAGCCCAUCAGUACUUUACCUGAGUGGAAAAUAUAUACAAUUACUCCACAAAUUCAUCCAGUUACAACAAGUGAUUCUACAUGA